AUCGGAAGAGGAGUAGAGGGCUAACGAAAGUGUACGUUGAACUCACAAUUGGAACCCAAUAAAAGCCCUCUAAAUACUGAUCGCAAUAGGAGCGCAAAGGCCCUCCUGUAAAUCCUAAUCGCAAGAGGAGAGUCGAGGGUUAAGAGCAUCGGACAGAGGAGAUUUAUGGUGCACAAAUCUAUACACUUCUCACGCUAAACACAGAUAUCUGUAUUCGUCUUCUGAAUCAGAUCAGGAGAAUGAAGAUCAGGAAUGCGUUAUUUCACUUAUUGAGUAUAUUUUACUCGAUAUCAGUAGCUUCCGCCAAUUCAAUCGUCGGUUGCGGCGGCUUUGUUGAGGCGAGUUCGUCUCUUAUCAAGUCGCGCAAGCCAACGGAUGCGAAAUUGGAUUAUUCUCAUAUCACGGUUGAGCUUCGCACGGUCGAUAAUUUGGUGAAGGACAGAACUCAGUGUGCUCCGAAUGGUUACUACUUCAUCCCAGUAUACGAUAAGGGUUCAUUUGUAUUGAAAAUCAAUGGACCGAAAGGAUGGUCUUGGGAACCAGAAAAGGUUCCUGUGAUAGCAGAUGACAGUGGGUGCAAUAAUAAUGAAGAUAUUAAUUUUCGAUUCACAGGCUUCACCAUAUCUGGUAGAGUUGUGGGUGCUGUUGGUGGAGAGAGUUGUUCCCAUAAAAAUGGAGGUCCUUCAAAUGUAAAAGUUGAACUUCUGUCUUUAACCGAUGAUCACAUCUCUACGGUGUUAACUUCUUCUACUGGCAGUUACUUGUUCAGGAAUAUCCUUCCUGGAAAAUACAACAUACGUGCUUCACAUCCUGAUUUGAAGGUUGAAGUUAGAGGUUCCACUGAGGUGGAAUUGGGGUUUAAGAAUGCUGUGAUUGAUGAUGUUUUCUACAUACCUGGAUAUGAUAUUCAUGGAUUUGUUACUGCUCAGGGGAAUCCAAUAUUGGGAGUUCACAUUUUUCUCUAUUCAGAUGAUGUCGUUGAGGUAGAAUGCUUCCAGGGUUCUGGUAGUGCCCCUGGACAAAGAAAACCUCUCUGCCACGCUGUGUCUGAUGCUGAUGGGUUGUUCUCUUUUAAGUCAAUACCUUGUGGGGUUUACGAGCUUAUGCCGUACUAUAAGGGUGAGAAUACAGUAUUUGAUGUAUCACCUUCAAUUGUAUCAGUUUCUAUGGAGCAUCAACAUUUAACAGUUCCCCAAAAGUUUCAGGUAACUGGAUUUUCCGUUGGAGGCCGUGUAGUUGACGGAAAUGAUGUGGGAGUGGAGGGUGUCAAAAUUAUUGUUGAUGGUUAUGAAAGGUCUAUCACCGACAAAGAAGGUUAUUACAAGCUGGAUCAGGUCACGUCAAAUCGUUAUAUCAUAGAGGCCAGAAAGGAGCACUAUAAAUUCGACAGUCUAAAGGAUUAUUUGGUUCUACCAAAUAUGGCUUCAAUUACAGAUAUCAAAGCAGUCUCCUAUGAUGUUUGUGGUGUAGUUGAGAUGAUUACUGCUGGUUACAAGGCAAAGGUAGCUUUGACUCAUGGACCAGUGAAUGUUAAACCUCAAAUGAAGCAGACAGAUGGAAGUGGAAAAUUCUGCUUUGAGGUUCUACCUGGUGAAUAUCGCUUAUCAGUCUUAGCUGCUACACCAGAGAAUGCUGCCGGCCUUCUGUUUUCGCCACCUUUUCUGGAUGUUAUGGUCAAAAGUCCAUUAUUGAAUGUCGAAUUUUCUCAGGCCAUUGUCAAUAUCCUUGGCAGUGUAACCUGCAAGAAGAAAUGUGGCCCCUCUGUUUCUAUCAAGCUUUCGAGAUGGAUUGAUGGACGCAGGAAAGAGGAAAGAACUAUUAAUCUAACUGAUGAAAGUGAUCAGUUUUUUUUCCGUAAUGUCAUCCCUGGAAAAUACGGGCUUCAGGUCAUGCACAACCCCCCAAACUCCAUUGCCGGUUCGGAUGUGUGGUGCUGGGAACGGGACUUAUUGGAAAUAGUGGUUGGAGCUGAGGACGUUAAUGGAAUUGAAUUUAUCCAAAAGGGUUACUGCAUUAAUAUCGUCUCCACCCAUGAUGUCGAUGCUUAUAUGACUAAACCAGAUGGUUCACAUGUGAAUUUGAAAAUUAUGAAAGGUGCCAAACUUGUAUGUGUAGAAUCCCCUGGAGUGCAUGAGCUCCAAGUUGUCCAUCCAUGCAUUUCCUUUGGGGACUCGUUGAAGACGAUUGAUACCUUAAACCCAUUGCCUAUCUACUUGAAAGGAGAGAAAUAUCUAGUGAACGGACAAAUCAGCAUUGAGCCAAGCUUAGUUAAUGGUUUGUACGAGUUACAUCAGAGUAUCAUUGUGGACAUUCUAAAUAGCCAGAACAGUUUCAUUGGUAGUACCGGAGUCAUGCUUGCCUCCGAUGGAGGUCAUCAGUCCGGGAAUGUGGUGUAUGAGUAUUCUACAUGGGCUAAUCUUGGUGAAAAGAUGACCUUUGUGCCAAAGGACUCAAGGAAUAAUGGAGAACAGAAGAUUUUGUUUUAUCCUAAACAACAUAUUGUCUCAGUGACAAAUGACGGUUGUCAAGCUUCUCAGCCAUUCUUCGGUCGUCUAGGGUUAUAUAUAGAAGGAUCAGUUUCUCCCCCUCUUGCUGAUGUUUACAUUAGAAUUGUAGCAGCAGAAGAUGGCCACAUUUCUUUACUGAAGAAAGGAGAAAUAGCACUUGAAACCACAACAGGGAUAGACGGUUUGUUUGUUGGGGGUCCUUUAUAUGAUGACAUCACUUACAGUGUUGAGGCUUCGAAGGCUGGUUAUCACCUUAAACAUGUAGGACCUCAUUCUUUUUCAUGUCAGAAGCUUGGUCAAAUUUCUGUACAUAUAAAUUCUAAAGAUCAUGCAAGAGAGCCAAUCCCUUCUGUGUUAUUGUCAUUGAGCGGCGAUGAAGGUUACAGGAACAACUCAAUAUCUGGGGCUGGCGGAAGUUUUCUUUUUGAUAGCUUAUUUCCAGGCAGUUUCUAUCUGCGUCCGCUGCUAAAGGAGUAUGCCUUUUCUCCUCCAACACUUGCUAUAGAGCUUGGUUCGGGGGAGUCUAAAGAAGUCACUUUUGAGGCCACUCGUGUUGCUUACAGUGCCAUGGGUAUGGUUACUCUUUUGUCUGGCCUGCCAAAAGAAGGUGUUUCAGUUGAAGCCCGUUCAGAAUCAGAAGGCUACUAUGAGGAGACAAUAACUGAUUCAUCUGGAAGUUAUCGUCUGAGAGGACUUCUUCCGGACAUAAUUUAUAUGAUCAAAGUAGCGAAGAAGGAUGGCUUGGCUAGCUCUGCAAUUGAACGUGCAUCUCCAGAAUUUGUUACUGUUGAGGUUGGGUCUGAGGAUAUUAGCGGGUUGGAUUUUUUGGUCUUUGAACAGCCGGAAAAGACCAUCUUAAGUUGUCACGUUGAAGGAAAAGGAAUGGAAGAGUUAAAUUCGAAUUUACUUGUGGAGAUCAAAUCUGCCAGUGACACAUCUAAGAUUGAGUCAGUCUUUCCCCUGCCACUUUCUAACUUCUUCCAGGUAAAAGACUUGCCUAAGGGGAAGCACCUUGUGCAGCUCAAAUAUAGUAUUCCAUUAAGCACCCACAAGUUUGAAUCAGAAAUGAUCGAGGUUAACCUAGAUAAGAAUGCCCAAAUUCACGUGGGCCCACUCAGAUACAAAGUUGAAGAGGAUAAUCACAAACAGGAAUUGACUCCAGCACCCGUGUUCCCUCUCAUUGUUGGAGUUUCAGUGAUUGCCCUUUUUAUCAGUAUCCCAAGAUUAAAAGAUUUAUAUCAAGCUACGGUCGGAAUACCAACACUGGGAUUCAUAACUUCUGUUAAAAAGGAAGCUCGGAGGCCAGUUGUGAGGAAGAAGACGUAUUAAGAUCCCUGUUACCGCUGCAACACUAGGAAGAACCAACAUGACCAUUGAUCUUGUUUUCCGCAUGCUGUUCAAGAACUGGUUGAUUACAAGGCAAAAUUGGAUUCUAACGUUGUUACUCUUCAGAUUCUUGAUGGAGGUUCUUUCCUUCCUUACUUUUACCUCAUCCUUCGUUUGUGUUUUUUAUGUAGAAUUCCCGGGUAUUUUCUUUAGGUAGAAAGUUGUAAGGUUUUGGAUGGUUUGCAGGAUCAAAUGCAGUUGUUAAUCAACGAAUCAUUCCUCAUUAUUUGCUUUA